GAGACUGGAUACACUCCCUUUUUCUACCUGUGGAACUUGCAUUCAUGCUUCCAGCGAUCUUUGGCAUCUGUUUCUUAGGAGCUCUUGCAGCCUUCACAAUUUACCACGUCCGGAAAUACGUUAAAAUCAUCUAAGCAUCUUCCACAGCAUCCAUCCCAGCGGGAAGGGUUAAGAGUGUCAGAUGAGUUGAUGUCUCAGCGGAGAGAUCGACCCCUUUAGUCGGCAGCUGAAUGUCCGAGUGCGUCACCAGAGAUUGUUGAGCUGCUACCACGAAGAGGUCAGUCCUAGAUCUCCAUAAAUACCCGUCGUGACCUUCCCAAUCGCGCGCGAUCAUCACCUUGGUUACAUCCCGAGACCCUGGACGCGGAAUAAGUUGUAGGAUGCGGCAAAAUUGGUUGGUUGUGGGCAUUUCCGGAGCCACGUGCAGUGGCAAGACGACCCUUGCGACACAUCUCAAAGAGAGACUUGCUGGUGAUCCUUCGAGAAGACACAUUGGCUGUGUUGAGUUAAUCAAUCAGGAUGAUUAUUUCCUGCCUGAAGAUCAUCCACAGCAUCAGCAUAUUGAUCAUUUAGGACACGUGAACUGGGACAUCUUGACGGCUCUGGAUAUGGAUAAGAUGUGCAGAGAUGUGGAAAAUAUUCUAAAUCAAGCUUCAGAAUCUGUAACCAAUAUUCUAAUAAUAGAGGGUUUCUUGGUUUUCAAUCAUCCAUACCUCGUGGAUAUCUGCAAUCCAAAAUUUCAUCUUCACAUACCGUACGAAAUUGCUUAUGCCAGGCGCAGGACUCGGACUUAUUGUCCUCCAGACUUUCUUGGAUACUUUGAGACAUGCGUGUGGCCGAUGUACGAGAAGCAUUUCCAGGAGAUCAAGGAUAGGACGGAUAUUAGGCUUCUCAAUGGCACCUUGGCACCUGAGAAGUGUUUGGAUUACGUCAGUGACAUUCUCAAGCAAUAUUUGUGACGACUUUGAUCAUUUUUUUCCUGGAAGAAGAGCUUCCAGGAAGGGUGAUUAUUCAGGGAACAAUUUUAUUUGUUGGUUAGUGAUUGUGGAAGCGGUCAGUUCAUUUAUCUCGAAGAGUUAUCAAGAGUGUCUCGAUUGACAGAGCUGUGGUGUUUUUGUAAGAAAGUAGAUCAUUCAGGGGCUGAUAAUUUCUCGUUUCUAUGAAGACGAAGUUUGUUAUUCGGAUUAAAAUAAUUAUAUUUUUUUGUUAUGUAAAAAAAUCAUAGAUUAUUGACAGAAAAAAAUCUCUUACCAGAAAAAAUAAAAUAGUUUUUUCCAUAAUUUUGGAGCACAGUUGUUAAGCCAUUAUCAGUUUCAUUCUGUAAAAGGGAUUUAAAGCUUUAUCUUGGAAAAGGGACAGAUAAUCCUAACCGGCUUAUGUAGGUGAGAUUCUUAAGGCGAGCUAACUCGGAAUGCAUGCAAAUUUGAUUUAGAGCUGAAGUUGGGGUACGCCAUUCAGUUAUCUUGAAUCAAAUUCGUGAAAUUACACAAAUUUUGUAUUUAAACCAAAAUAUCAAGGAUUUGGAUGGAGUGACAGAAAAGCGAUAUAUGGGUGAAAUGUAGACUAGAAUGUUCUCUAUAAUUUUGCCGUAGAACUUGAUCUCAUCGAAUACUCAGAAGCCGAGAUAAUCAAGGUUGUUUGUUUCUGACACGCAGAGCGCCCCAAGUGUUCAUUUGAUGAAUUUCAACUAUAUCAAAGAAUUGUUGUAUUAUGUGAGAAUUUCCAUUUAAAACCCUAUUUUAAGUGUCUUGGUCGAGUAGAGGCAGUCAAAUUGGCAUCUGAGUGGUUUCAAAGCGUACUUAUGGGAAAAAUCAAUUUUUCACACUUAAACGACAAAAUCGGACAGAUCGCACUAUCUGAUCGGAAAAUGAUGUAUGGACGAAAUGUAGGGACAAAUGUCCUCUACAAUUAUGUUGAAGUAAUCAUCAAAAUCGGUUCAGCGAUAGUCGAGAUAAUUGAGGUUAUGUAAUAUUGAAAUUGGUUUUUCGACUGUGGCGCCCCUGGUGUUGGUCCCACGAAGUUCAAAUGUUUUAGAAAGGUGUAGAGUUUAAAGAGAUCUUUCAUUUAAGCCCUCACUUGUCAAAACGGAGAUAUGAUUUUUUAAAUUUCGUGAAAUUUGACCCCUUAUAUCUCCGGUUCUAUUAUAACCAUAGUGCACUUACGCACCAUUUUGGAAACGUCUUAGACUGGACUACAACAUACUAAAAUUUGAUUAACUUGCACAAAGGAUUUUUUUGAGAAAAAUGAGUUUGAAUUUCGAUGAAUUUUGACGCUAUCGCAGCGCCACCUGUGGUGAGUUUUUGAUUUUCCACCUGAAAGUGCUCAUCGAGACGAAACCAAAAAGCCAAAAUUUAGGUCAAUAUGUUAAUUGGAACCGGAGAUAGAGGCCGGUCAAUAUUCGAACUUUGACCCCUUAUAGCUGGGGUCAGGGGUUAUGGAUCGACUUAAGUAUUUUUUUGUUUGAUAGGUAUAAGCAGCGGCUACAACAUACUAAAAUUUCAGCCCGAUGUAUAAUGGAAUUUUUGAGUUAUUUAACUUAGAAAAUUGAAAAAUCGUCUUUUUAAAAAUAGCGCCCCUAGUGGUGGUUUUAUGAACUUGUGAUGUUAGAAGGGGAAGUGGCAUUUUACGAGAGCUUUCCAAAAUGCCCUCACUUUUUAAAUUCUGAUAAUUAGAACCGGAGUUAUGGCCAUUUUAAGAAUUGUUUUUCGGACCCUUAUUGCUCGGGUCAGGGGAAUCGGGGGAGCUUAAGUUUGGUAUUGAUCGAAAGCCCUAAAGCCCAGCUAUAACAUACUAAAAUUUGAGCCCCAUCGAUGCCAUAGGGGCUGAGCUAUUGAGAAAACAAAAAAGGAGGGUAUUCAAAAUGGCGGUCGGAGGCGUGGGGUGUGGGGGGUCAAUGCACCAAGUUGCAAUUUUCAUACGAUAUAUAACCUUUGCCGAAAACCGCAAGUCGAUAUCUCUUUUAGUUUAGGAGCUAUUAAGCUCCAAAGAGCGGCCGGCCGGGAACGUACCUUAGCCCCCCAUAUAUUCGUGAACAGGAAGUGGCGAAAUACAUUUUGGCCAAGUUUGAGCGCGAUCGGAGGAUAUGAAAUUUUGUUAGGAUUAUAGUAGGUGAGAUUGUUAAGUAUCUCACCUAAUUGCCCUAAUUGUCUGUAUAUAUAUUUCGAUAAAAUAUGAUUUAUUCAUGCAAUAUUUCACAGAAAAAAAAGUUUAACCAAAAAGUGGAAGAUGGUUUGGGUCAAAUUGAUAGCAAAAAUCUGCACAGUAACUUUUACUGUGCCCAUUUUCCAACUAGUUUGCUUUUUUGUCUUUAAAAAUGGCUUGAAAAAAGAAUUUCUCUUUAUGGUAAAAAUUGGUCCUGGUCAAAGUUAUAGAGCGAUCACUUUCCUAAAAAAAAAUAUUUUGAUUACAAACCUCUUACAUCUAUUAGGAACUUUUGAAAAAUAAAAUAUUCGUUUUGCUUUAAGUUCCCAUGCUCUCAAAUGUUAAUGGGUGUCUUAAAAUUUGAUCCUAGUAUAAAGAGGUCUUGAGAGGUUAUCUUAAAAUGUGAGGUUACGUUAUACCCUAUACUAUAAAAUUUUUUUUUCGCGAAAUUGCUGUAAUUUGUUACAAGAUUGAUUAGAAAAACUGAGAUGUAGUCUGAAUCAUGGUAAUUAUCAAACAUCCAAAACAAACUUCACCUAGAAUUGAUUUUUUAUACAUACAUUUAUUGUCAAUGAUCUAAAUAAAUGAUGAUUCUUUGGUUGAAACAAAAAUGUGUGAAAUCCGAAUAAAUAUCAAAUUAAAAUUUUGAUACUUAUAGCCCCUACAUACUAGAGAAACUUAUGUCAAUAUUUGACAGUUUUUUACACAAGCGUAUAUAAGUUCCUUUAAUAUGAACAUAAAUUUCUCUUAAGGCCUCUAUACACUAGAGAAAUUCAUGUCCAUAUUGAGGCAAAUUUCCAUAUUUUUAGGAAAAACUCUUCAAUAUGGGCAUAAAUUUAUCUAGGCCAUUACAAUUUCCUUCAUGGUAAUUUUUUUUCAAUAUAGAAAUUUUUUUUUAAUAUUAACAUAAAUAUAUAAAUUUAGUAGAGCACACGUCUAAUUUACUAGGGAUCACUCCUGGAUCGAGGCAGGAAUUCUUUAAAUCUGGAAAGAUUGUCACUAGUUCUGAUUGGAGAUUUUCUGUACAUGAAGUACACAUAUUCUAGUUGGAAAGUGAAUUGAGCUCCUAAGACAAAACUUAGCUUAACUUCUAUUCCCUAAGCAAAAUUCCUUGUUUGUUUUAGUAUAAAAUUAACCAAACUAAUUGCUAAGUUAAUUUAAAAUUUUUUCUAAUGGCCUCUACAAACUAGGAGAAAAUUGCUUCUAGUGUGUAGACACCAUAAGAAAGUGUGCACUAUACAAAAAGGAUUUUAACCAUUUACACCAUUUACCUUAUCCUUUGAUAUAUUUGAAAUUUAGGCUUAACAUAACCUCACACUCUGUAAUGACUUCCGAGUUUGGACUGGAGUUAGGAAUUUAAACUAAUAAUAUAAUAUUAUAAAACAUUUUUCCAAUUAAAAGAACAAUUUUAUUGAUUGUAUAUAGAGAAAAAUUUCCUUAAAAUAUAAAUCUGAUUUAAAAUUUUAUUAUUAUUUUAUGUCAUAUCCAAUGUCUACUGAUAAGCCCCUUCUCUUUUACCGAAUUUUUAAUGUCUUAUGCUCUUUAUACAUUAUAAGAAAUUUUUGUCAAACUAAAGCAUUUGACAUAAUUUACGUGCACAUCUACAAACGAUUUACUUCAAAACGCUUCAUUCUGGUAAAAAUUUCACGAACUUUGCAGAUGCCUAAAAAGAAGAUCGUAUAUUCUAAAUUUGAAUUUUUUCACAUUAUAAUUAUUAAUUAUACUUAUUAUCAAAGCAGUAAGGUUAUUAUUGAAGUAGACUGAGGCAUCCUAUUAUUUUUUUUUUUUCAAAAUGGCCUUUAGGCCUAAGUACAAUAAAUGAAUUUACUAUUUCUAAUAGUAAAUUAAUGUAAUUUUAAGUUCAUAGUCAGAACAGAUGAAUCGAAAGCUUUAAAUUAAAAUAUUAUAUCCAAUGGUUACCUAAAAUUGAUCUAUCUAAUACUUCUAUUAGACAAAUUAGACAUUUUAUAUGAAUUCCACAACUCAAAAACAAAAUAUUCCCUUGAACCUGUAGGAAAAUUUAAUAAAGGAAAUACAAUGUAGAAAAUACUCCCAUUAGUACAAAAAAUUGAAUAAUGCAAUUCCAGCACAUGUGAAGUGUGAAAGACAAAAUGAACUUGCAUAAAAAAUAAAACAUUAUAAAAAGUAGCAUAUUUUGUUAAUAACUAAUCUCGAAUUGUAUAUUUUUCUUAAAAUAAAUAUAAUUUUUCUAACAA